UUCACAUAUUAUUAUGGCUGUGCCCGAUUUAUUUCUACCCCACUAUGUUUAGAUCGCGUCCCAGACUGCUUUUGGCGGCCAUCCGGCCCAGACGACCGAUGUCAUAUUGGAACGUGGGGGCCAACAUCAAUCAUUUCCGUCAAGCAAUGAGAAGCUCGGACUCUCCGUCUCUCGGCGUGCGCCUGCUGUAUCUCGGCGGAAUCGUGGCAGGCCUCAACCUGGCCUUUAAUUCAAUGCUCUUUGUGCUGACCAACCUGUACAUGAACGAGCUGGAAACAAUCUCGUGGGGCUUUGGUUUUAGGGCCAACAGCGAGUUUAAAAACGGCCUUGCCAACGAGAUGAUUAUCAACGAUCCGAAAAAGGCCAACCAGCACUACUCUAACGCUCUGAAGCUCAUCAGCAAGGCCAAUGGAUUAGAAGAAGAUGAGCUGCUUGGAUAUCAACAGCUCGACAGGCAUUUGCAACAAAAAGACAUUUCAUAUAUCUCGAGCUACAGCGAUCUUGUGCUGCGCUAUGCGUUGACGCUUGGCUCCAAGAGCCGAGACCGAGCAGUGGAAUGCAUCACUUACGCGCUCAAAUUACAGGAUAGGUAUGGAGAACAAGCACAAACAGAAGUGGGGGCUUAUUCGCUUCGAAACUUGGGUCUUCGCUACCUUGCAGAUGUCGAAAAAGAGGACAAGCGUGCGGAUAAGGCAAUAAAUUUGCUCAUUGAGGCCAUUAGAGUCAUGCAGAGUCACGAGUUUUCACAUUCGUUAGGGCCCGACGAAAUACCACCAACAGAAACUUGCUCGUCGCAACUAGUUUCCUCAAUUGUCGAACUGUGCGUUCUAUACGCCUCGACACGUGAGCCCAUCUACAUGAACAAAUCAUUCAAGCUGCUUGUAUCGCUGCUGAGAAAUCUCGAGAACGAGGCGCGCGCGCUCGCAAAGAGCUCGCAGCCAGAUGCCAAAAAUGUCAAGUCAGAUAAGAUCCCCCUUGUCAAGCUGCAACUCAGUGAAAUAUUAUGGUACAAAGGACAACAUGGGCCCGCGUUGGAAUUUGCGAAAGAGUCAGCGCUUGAGGCUGAUUUGUACUCCCGAGACAAUGCAAACAGCGCAAAAAUCUCCAAAGUCGGCUACCAAAAUCUUGCUACCAUGUACUCUGAGCUAGGAGAUAAUGAGGCGGCCGAGCUGUGCCUGCUCAAAGCCAACCGCAUUGAGAUUCCUGUUUCUGCGUUUGCCACACCUUCGCGAACCGUCAGAAACACUGUUUUGCGGCAUUAUCUUGGACCCUGGAGCGUUGCAUUUUUCGCUUGAAUAAUUUGCUCGGGCUGUGCAUAUUAUAUUAUCAUUUAUUUGGGUAAAACGAGCAAAUUACGUCCUGGGUAUAUAUAAUGCACCUUCUCGCUUUUUCCACCGUCUAAUGGUGGUCGCCAGAGAUUUGGAGGUGUAUGAUGGGGUGCACUGCAUUGCCGAUAUGGGCACAGAUCAUUACAUGAUGCUCAAAAAUAUGUCCCAGGCAGCUACUCCUUGGGCAGAUAUGGCACUAUAUGGCAAGUACGUCACAUAUCUGCUCGUUGGGAUCGUGUUUGCAGGCACCGUAAAGCACUAUGUUUUUUCUAACUACGACGUGGAUCGUGUGAGAGGUGGA